AUGGCUACCUCAACCGGCGAAACCCACGUCGCCGAUGCCAUAAUCACCAGUGAAACCACCAAUGAUUCCGUCCAAGUACAGAACAAGUCCGAUCCUGAGAAGAAUGUCUAUGAGGUAGAUGCUCAAGCGCUGGAGAACGAGGAGUACCCGCCGCCCACGGAGGAAGAGGUCAACAGCCUUCGCAAGGUCCCGGCCUAUCUCCCCAUCAUCGCAUACUCCCUUUGUCUGGUAGAAUUCGCCGAACGAGCAUCGUACUAUGGCGCACAGACGGUCUUCUCCAACUUCAUUGAGUUCCCUCUUCCUAAAGGAGGAAACGGUGCGGGUGCACCUCCGCGAGGGACGCAAGAGACGGCUGGUGCUCUGGGAAUGGGACUCCAGGCUAGUGACGGAUUGGUCUUGCUAUUCCAGUUCCUUGCCUAUGUCAUUCCGAUCUUCGGUGGAUGGUGGGCCGACGUAUACGUCGGUCGGUACUGGGCCAUUUGUGUCGGUGUUGCCAUCUGUGGUAUUGCCCACAUCAUUCAGAUCAUCGGCGCAAUUCCUUCAGUAUUGCAAGCUGGCACGGCGCAUGCAGCACCCCCGUUCAUCAUCGGGCUUCUGAUGUUGGCCCUUGGAGCCGGUAUCUUUAAACCCAAUAUCGCACCCACAGUCCUGGACCAAUACCGCCAUCAAAAGCAAUACACAAAGGUUUUAAAGACUGGGGAGAAGGUCAUUGUGGAUCCCGAGAUGACGGCAACUCGAACGAUGCUCAUCUUCUACGGAGUGAUCAACGUGGGAGCAUUCUACAUGCUGGCUACCACAUACGCGGAGAAAUAUGUGGGUUACUGGCUGGCCUUCUUGCUGGCCGGAAUCAUCUAUUUUAUUUUGCCCGUGGUGCUGGCGGCCGCCUACAAGAAGACGUACCGGACGCCGCCCAGUGGGAAUUCGGAUCUCGCCAAGGCAAUUAAGAUCACCGUAACUGCUUUGCGUCAAAACAAGUGGCAGGUCUGGCGCAAGAACUUCUUCGAUGCGGCGAAACCAAGUGUCCUGGCAGCCAAGGGAAUCCAGGUCGACUGGACCGACAAGCUGGUGGAUGAUGUGCGCCGAACGCUCGUAGCAACGGAGAUCUUCUUCUAUUUUCCCAUCUACAACCUCAAUGACGGCGGUAUCGGGUCUGUCUCGACAAACCAGGGUGCAUCUAUGACGACGAACGGUGCCCCCAACGACCUAUUGAGCAACUUCAAUGCCUUGACCAUCAUUGUCGCCGUGCCGAUUGUCGAUUACUUUAUCUAUCCACUGCUUUAUCGGUACAAUAUUCCGUUUAAGCGAAUCACUCGAAUCACAUUCGGCUUCAUCCUGGCCGCACUCUCCGGUCUGUGCGGUGCGCUUGUCCAGUGGCGUGUAUACAAAACCUCGCCCUGCGGCUACUAUGCCUCUUCCUGUUCCGAAGUUAGCCCCAUCAGCAUCUGGUGGCAGCUGCCGAACACCAUCUUGGGAGCCCUCUCGGAAAUCUUCUGCAACGUGACGGCGUAUGAACUGGCAUAUGCCCGGUCGCCUGCGAGUAUGAGGGGUCUAGUCAUGGCAAUCUUCCUCUUCAUGACUGCUUUGUCCAGUGCCCUGGGAGAAAUCCUUCUGCCAGUCACUGAGGAUCCCGACUUGAUCUGGAUUUGGGGUGCCCCUGCUGUUGCCCUCGCUCUGCAGACCAUAUUCUUCUGGUACCGAUUCAGGUACCUGAACAACGAUGAAUUCAUGACCGAUGAAGCCAACUAUGCAAACAGUGCAGAGGAGACCCCUAUUCAGACCACUGAAGUGGAAAAGACGGUGGAAAAUUAG